GCUAAAACAAUCAAUCUCUGUCAGUUGCUGCAUUCGUCGUGCGUGUAAACACAAGCUACUAGUGCACUCUGAAUUUCUUUUACUAAUACCUUCGCUUCCGCGCUCCUUCCUCGUGUCAACUUCACCAGUUCAGCUCCGCCAUUGUUUAUAGCUUCUCCACUCCACAACUUUGCGGCGGCCUCAUAUGUACAAGUAGCCACAGUUCACGAGCUUGUAGUGCAGUGCAGUAUAUAGGUGUGGCCAAUAACGCAGCUUGCCAUUUGCUAGCACAGAUCCCCGAGCGUGAGUCGUGACUCGUGACCACCAACAAUUCAAGAAAUGGCAUCAAGUGAGCUGCCGCCUGACGUGUUCUCCUUCCCGUGCCUGGACGACGGCACGCCGACGGCGCUGUCGCCGCAGGUCGUGAUCUCGGUGCUCGCGUCCAUCCUGGAGCGGCACAUCGCCCGCAACGAGCGGGCCUUGGCCAGGAGCCGCGAGGCGGCGGACGACGCUGAGGCGGGAGACGAGUCGGCAGCGUCGACGGCGACGAGGAGGGUGUGGGCGUUCGACAGCGGCACAGUGCUGGACAUGAGCCUGCACGCGUUCCUGGAGCGGUUCUCCCGGUACGCGCAGGUCUCGCCGCAGGUGUACGUCGUGGCGUACGCGUACCUGGACCGGCUCCGGCGGGGCGACGCCGGCGUGCGCGUCGUGCGCGCCAACGCGCAGCGCCUGCUCACCACGUCCAUCCUCGUCGCCUCCAAGUUCGUGGAGGACAGGAACUACAAGAACUCGUACUUCGCGGCGAUCGGCGGGCUGAGCGCGGCGGAGCUGAGCGAGCUGGAGCUGGACUUCCUCUUCCUGAUGCAGUUCAGGCUCAACGUGUGCGUGAGCGUGUUCCAGAGCUACUGCCGCCACCUGGAGCGGGAGGUGAGGUUCGGCGGCGGGUACCGGGUCGAGAGGCGCCUCGAGAAGGCGCUUGUCUGCGCGGGAGAAGCGCUGGCGCAGCACCGACAGGCGGCGGCGGCUCAGUAAAAUUACAGUCUAGCUCGAAAUCUUCGACGGCAAGAAGCUUGCAGAGCUCCAGGUAGCCGCGGCCGUCCAGCCAUCUCAGCUCCAUCACCGGCAACCAGGCAGCCACUGCACGGAUUGAUCUCUGUGGCAUCGCCGGUAGAGACGAUGUCGGUGGCCAAAGGCCGAUAUAUGUACAUAGCAUAAUCAUGGCUAGUCUAUGAGUUUGCCGAGUUAGAUUUGCAAGCAGUGUGCAUUGCAGCUGUUCACUUUUUUAUCAAUUUUCUGGCAGAGGAACAGUUGCUUUUGACACAAUAAAAUUGGUUCCAGCAGCUAACAGAACGGAUUGGGACUGGCUGUUCGACAGAACUAUGAGAUACAGGGACCAGCACUAACUUUGCCACUGCUUUACCUCAACUCACGGGCCACGGGCCAGCUUAUGUUGAUGCCAACGACGACAACAAAUGAUUCCAUAUCAGCGCGUAAACGAGCAGGAAAAAUAUAUUUGCAAGAUGCGAUCGUGUUGUCGGUGCGACAUCGCCGUCAGAUAGCUUUGCAGAUAAUAAAAGGUGGUAGG